AUGGUCAACAGCUUCUUCACGUUCGCCCUCUUGCCCGCUUUCUGCGCGCUGCUUGCUGCCGGAGGCCCAGUGUCAAAGGCUCCCGCAUCCACCUACAAGCCACCUAAAUCAUCCAGCAGGCCCAUGAGCUCGCGUCGUGUUAGCAGCCGGGGCUUCGGCAGCGAGGGAUUUACGUCUACCGCUAUCGCCAGCUCCCCAAGCGAUGUCCCAUCCAGCUCCUUCUCCGAGUACAUCCCUAGCGCGAGUGGUGACGUCCCCUUCCCAAGCGGUAGCGAUUACCCCAGCUUCCCCAGUGGCGGCAUCGCCAGCUCUUCAGUUCACACGAGCUACAUCUCCAGCCCCUCCGGAGGAAGUAGCGAAGCCCCAAGCGCCAGCUAUGUCUUCAGCAGCGCCGUUCCAGAGUAUUCCAGCUUCCCGGGCAGCGAUGGCGCCUCGUACAGCGAGUACCCCAGCUCCGUUGUCCCGGGCUCUAGCUUCGCGAGCGCUAGCUACGUCUACAGCAGCGGCGUCCCACAGUACUCCGGCUUCCCCAGCAGCGUGGUUUACAGCAGCGAUGUUCCUGUCUUCACAAGCGAUGGGUCGUAUAGCGAUUUCCCCAGCUCCGUCGACCCAGGUUAUUCGACGGGUCUCCCGGGUACCAGCGAUGUCAACAGCAGUGAUGUCCCUAUCGCCACUGGUGUGAGCAGCGGCAUCAAUAGCAGCGACAUUCCCAUUGCCACCAGUGCUAGCGAGAUCAACAGCAGCAUCAUUCCUUUCCCCACAAAUGCCGGGGCCAGCGAGAUCAGCGACAUUCCGUUCCCUACCAGUGUUGGAGCAAGCGAGAUCAACAGCAGCGAUAUCCCUAUCGCGACCAGCGCGUUCUGA